AUGUCCGAAAACUCUCAAAAUACCACUGAACAUAAAGAGCCCUUCAUAAAGAGGAUCUUCGAGCAUCAUCACGAGCACAAGCAAGAAAAUUCUUCUCAAGGUGACGACAAGGACGGGGCACCCAGUCACGAGGGCAGGUUGAAGACCUAUGAAAAUGAUCUGAAAAAGGACCUAAAAAAGGACGAGGAAGGGCUCCAAAAGUACUACGAGGAAGAUAAGAUGCUGGAAGAAGAAGGGAAGACCUACGGCGGGUUGAUGUAA